AGCCUCUACUUCUGCACUAAUAGCUACUACACAUCACUUCGUGAGCACAACCGCCAGCAUCACUGGAAAGAUACUUUACGAACAGAGAUGUUGAGUCGGUGGAUUUACAGAAGCAUCAAUUGGUUCUCUUUCCUCAGUUUCGAACCAUCAGGAUGCUGCUACUACCAAACCAGAGCGUACAUGAAAUUUGGUCAGCCCAAAGGCUUUUCACCUGAUUACUACAUUUACAAGAUAUCAGAUUUCGAUAGUGCUGCAAAAAGUCUGCGAGUUGUCAAGGCUAGAUUUGACCAUCAGCUCUGUGUGAACUCCAUAGUAGAAAUUAGUUUUGGCACCGAGAAAAGCGAAGUCACAAUCAUAGGAGGUCACCCGAAUGCAAACUUCAUUUUGCCGUCAGUUCCAAUGGGAUAUUACGUGACGUCAUUCGAACGAGCCCGGUUGAAAGAGGAGCUUAACUUUGAUUGGUUCAAGUUCAAUGUUGUGUGUCCAGUUCAAAAAUGGAUCUGCAACAAAUAUCCUGUAAACUCAACAAAUCUUAAACUGUCCUGACAUGUUUUAAC